AUGGUGCUCCAUCGCCGGUCUCACCCAGACCCCCAGCGUAUCCUAGAUAAGCUAAAGUGGACGGGUCGGGACCUGCGUCGUGCUACAUACCUGACUACGAGAUAUCGGCUGCGAGCCGAAUCUGACGGGUGGCCUAUUGCCUACGACAUCUCUGAUGCUGUGAAGGUGGCAAUCACGCCGACGAGCGAGGCUACGAAAGAAAGGGCUUGGAUCUAG